GUGCGUGUCGCGUGCGUCCUGCAGUUUCCCGGCCUCCCCCGCGCGCGCGGUCCCUCCUUCGCUCGACCCCUUCCUCCCCCCGGCCCCCCCCCUCUCCCAGCCGGUCUCCCUGUGAAGACGCCAAAAUGGCGGCCAGUAACUACUACGGGUUUGCAGCCGGCGCCGUCGCCGGCCCUCAAUACAGUGCCCAGCCUGCUCCAGCUUAUACCCACCCGCCCACCGUAGCGAGCUACACAGUCCAGCAGACACCAGGAGUGGACCACACCGUGGCGCCCACCUAUGCUCCAGCUGUGCAGGCUGCCAGGCCCAUGGCUUCAGCAGCAUACGGAGGCUAUCAGGCCCACGCCACACAGGACUAUGGCUAUGGGGCACGGCAGCCAGAGCCCGCCCCUCAGCCUGCUGCAGCACAGAACUAUCAGCAGGAUGGCUACGGAUACGGCCGUUCCCCGUCCGCCAGCAGCUACGAGACCAAACCCUACUACCCGGCGGUGGUCACACAGUCCCAGCAUCCAGCCACAGACUCAUACUACCACUCAAACUCCCAGAGCACCUACAGCCAGCCUACCGCAAUGUACGGCCAAAGCCAGCCCCAGAGGCAAGUGACCCCCAUCAAGCCGGUGCAGACUGUGAACGCGCCAUCGUCCGCCUACAGCACAUACCCAGCGGCAACGACGGGCCAGCAGAACGCCUCCGCCGCCUCCAUCCAGUCAUACACCCCUUCCUCCUCCUCGUACAACUCUUCCUCAUACAACUCCUCUCCUGUGUCUUACUCUGGGUCAAACUACUCCACCUACGAUGCAGCUGCUGGGUACACGGCGGCCAACACUUCUUACUACCAGCCCGCCCAGCAGCCUCUCGUGCAGCCCUUGCAACAGCCGCCGCCGCCGACGCAGCAGCAGCCUCCUCCGACGCAGCCGCCGAAGCCUAUGCAGGGCUCUCUGUGGAGUGGUGGUGGCGGCGGUGGCAACUCUGCCCCAAGCGGCGGCUACAACAAGAAGCCGCCAUUUCCACCCAGACUGCUGAAGCUGAAAGGGCCUCCCAAACAGCCUCAGCUUCACUACUGUGAGAUAUGCAAGAUCAGCUGUGCCGGCCCCCAGACCUAUCGGGAGCAUUUAGAAGGGCAAAAGCACAAAAAGAAGGAGGUGGCGUUGAAGACGGGGAACCAGGCCGGCGGUGGCCCUCGUGGGGUCCAGACCCAACUCUAUUGUGAGCUCUGUGACGUGUCUUGCACCGGAGCAGACGCUUACGCGGCCCACAUCCGAGGAGCCAAGCACCAGAAGGUGGUCAAGCUGCACACAAAACUGGGGAAGCCCAUCCCUUCUAUCGAGCCCGUGGUGAGCAACUCCUCGUCGGGUCCAGCCAACGGCUCAGCCAGCAAGCCAGCUCUCCAUGCCGCCGCGCCGGCCAAACAAGCUCCAGGGAUAACGAACAGCACAGUUGGCUCGAACAAGGCGACGCCAGCAAAGAAACCCGUCGUUGCAACCAAGUCGACAUUUACAGGAGUCAGCAAGCCGCUGGCGACUGGUGCGAAACAGGAGGUGACAGCAAAAGGGGCCUCUCCCAAAGCGGGGCUCCCAGCAGAACAGCCGUCACUCGACGGGGACAGUCCGGGAGAACCGCUCGAUGUGCAUCCUGUCGGUUAUGACUACGUGGAAGAGGUACACAACGAAGAAGGGAAGAUGAUCCGUUUCCAUUGCAAGCUCUGCGAGUGCAGCUUCAAUGAUCCCAAUGCCAAGGACAUGCACCUGAAGGGGCGGCGGCACAGGAUCCAGUACAAGAAGAAGGUCAACCCUGACCUCCCUGUGGAGAUCAAGCCCAGCAACCGUCUCCGGAAGCUGCACGAGGAGAAGCUGCUGAAGAAGCAGCAGCUGAAAGCCCUGGUGAAGAGGCGCCGAGAGGAGGAGCAGCGCUGGCACCUGGAGAUGAGGCGCUACGAAGAGGAGAUGUACUGGCGGAGAGUGGAGGAAGAGCAGCUGUACUGGGAGGAGCAGCAGCGGCGGCGCCUGGCUGCGGACUGGCGCCCCCCACCCCUCAUGGGCAGGCCUGGGGUGCCGGUGCCCCCUCUCUUGCCCACCCGGCGGCCAGACUCUUCUGACGACCGGCACAUCAUGACGAAGCACUCCAGCAUCUACCCAACGGAGGAAGAGCUGCAGGCCAUUCAGACAGUGGUGUCGCACUCUGAGCGUGCCCUGAGGCUUGUCUCCGAUUGGCUGACGGAACAAGAAUCCGGGAAAGAGGAAGGGACUAAAGAACCGGGGAAGACCGAAGGCCUGCCCCGGGUGCUGAAAGGGGUCAUGAGAGUAGGCAUCUUGGCAAAAGGGCUGCUCCUCCGCGGGGACAGGAACGUGCACCUCAUCCUGCUGUCGGCCCGGAAGCCGACUCUGACCCUCUUCCAGAGCAUUGCUGAGCAGCUGCCUGAACAGCUGGGGAAGGUGACCAAGGACAGUUACGAAGUCGUCUCCGACGUGAAGGAAGCCAGUAUCACCAUCGCCUCUUCCAAGGACCCCAAAAUGCAAGUGACGGUGUCGCUCACUUCUCCUCUGGUGAGAGAAGACGCUCCUGCUUCUGACCCUGAGCCUGAGCCUGACCCUGCGGACCCAGAGGCGUCAUCGGAACCUCCGCUCGAGUCGUCUGAUUUUUUGGACAAGCAGAAAUGCCUGGAGUCACUGGCCGCUCUCCGCCAUGCUAAAUGGUUCCAGGCCCGAGCGAACGGUCUGCAGUCGUGCGUGAUCAUCAUCAGGGUGUUGCGGGACCUGUGCCAGCGCGUGCCGACAUGGGGCGCUCUUCCAGAUUGGGCCAUGGAGCUUCUGGUCGAAAGGGCCCUGAGCAGCGCCACGGGGCCACUGGGUCCCGGCGAGGCCAUACGGCGCGUCCUCGAGUGCAUCGCCGCCGGAAUGCUUCUGUCAGAUGGCCCUGGGCUCCAGGACCCCUGUGAGAAGGAGGCGGCGGACGUCUUGCAGAGCAUGAGCCGGCAGGAUCGGGAGGACAUCACGGCCAGCAGCCAGCAUGCCCUGAGGAUGCUGGCUUUCCGUCAGAUCCACAAAGUGCUCGGCAUGGAGCCCUUGCCGUCGCCCAAAAGCAGGCCCGGCGUGCACAGCCGGAAAAGGCGACUGGACACGGACGAGGAGAUGGCGGGCGACGGGGACGGGAAGAAGGACAAGAAAGAGGACGAGACAAUGUUGACCUGACUUUAUAUAUAUAUAUAAAUAUAUAUGAAAAUAUAUUAUGUUGCUGUUUAGUCUAAAAUUUGGUAAUUGAGUGUUUUUUCUCCUCCUUCCCCCAACCCUUUGGAACGGACAUACUGUAGAUCUUGUUUUACUGUGCUUGAAUCAUUAAAGGGAUUCCAUCACGCCACAAGAGUAAGGUUGCUUCUGCAACAGCACCCCCCCGAUCCCCCACACACACCGCAAGGAUGUCCUCCCCACGACGACCUGUUUGGCAUCCUUUAAGGAAAUGGCUCACCCCGCUGGUAUCACCCCCGAGCUUUAGAAAAAUCUUGCGGUUCUGAAAGGAACGUUGCUGCGUGCUUUUAUGCGAGCAGACCUGAGUCGGCCGGGAUUCCUCAGUGGAAUUCAGGCAGAAGUAGCAAUUUUAAAGAACCACGUGGGGCUUCCGCUGGGAGGGGUGACCCCCGUCUCAGUCUGCCCCCCCCCUUCUGUGUAUCCUACGGUUGUUACUUGGUAUGUUCUCUCCCCACCCACCCGUGCAGCUGGGAAGGCAUUGGGUGUAGUGAUACAAAGAGAGAAUGACAUUAGUGUGUGUGUGUGGGGGGGGAAGAAUCAUCAUACGUCAGUUUACAGCAGGCAAACGCUUCAGCACCCACGGGGCAGAGAGAAAUCUGCUGGUUUUCUUCUCCCUUGGGGGGGGGGGGGUGCAGCCUGCCCCCAGGCUCUUGAAACAGGACAGGGUCCUUUUCGGUGGGGGGGGAGAACAGCAUUCGAGGCGACAAGCCCAACGGUCGGCUGUCCGGAGGAAUGGGGAUGGAGACCAGAGUGGGCCCCAACGCUUCUCCCAACGGGUGGCCGUUUGCACCUCCCAGACCAGGCAUGUGUUACCUCGAGUGCCUUGCAAAGAGAAGGCAAGGCCCAAAGCUGCACCGAGGACGUGCUUAAGCUGCACUUCGCAACCCAGUGACCUGUUGGUGCGACUUUCCGCCUCUUGCCUUUUUGUAAACUUAACAGCCAUAGCGGGUUCCGAUCCCGCAGCGCCUCGUGGCACCUUUCCUCUGGCGUAAAAAGCUGCCCCUUAUGCAUCUGCAGGAUCCAACCCCUCGAACUGCACAAAGGACAGGUACUGAAUGACGUCCUCUUUUGUAAUCUCGUGGACAUGGCGAAAGGGGGAGCUCUCUUGGAGGGGAGGGGAACGCCGUCCAGCCCGUUGGAGCAAACAUUUCUCCUCUGUGGAGGCUUUUCCUACAAUGACUGUGGUGUUUUGUUAAAAGAAGAUUUUCAACUUGUCUCCCGCAGUAGAGUCUGGAUUUAUUUUUUAAUC